AAUUAAAUAAUUAUCAUUUUUUGGCUUAAAAAAAUUAAUAAAAUAUAUAUUUGUUGUCCAAAAACACACAAUAUAUUCCGGAAUUAUCGUAUGAUGUGUAAUUAAAAAUUUAUAACGAUGGCAAGAUUAAUCAUCUCAAGUUACAUAGAAAAUGCAUACAUAUGCAAAAAUUAUCAAAAUAUUAAUGUCUUCAAAAUCAAUGCAUAUAAAUUACAAAGAAAUCUUCUCGUGGGUGUUUGGAAUGUCAGGAUUUCAAUUGGCAAAUUCUGGCGGCCUUCAUUGACGACACAUGCCUUUCUCGAGCAUGUAGACUAAAAUAUACUGAUCGAGGGUGUUUGUCUCGCGUUCGAAUGAGUAACGAUGGAAUACAUGCGAAGGUCGGCCAGUAUGGAAUUCAAUUGAAAAGUUGAAUGUUAGGGCUUGCCUGUGCGCAAUUCAUUGUUGUUUUGGAAGAUUGUCCAGCGAGGUUCCGGUACGGAAUUCUCGUACGCUGAUAAAAGUACUCGAAAAGUAAAACAUAAUUGAAUUACAAUCUAUCUUACAAUAUCUUUUGAAAAUUAAAACAAAUAUAAAUAAUAUCUUUUGAUCUUUCCCCGACGUUGAACAUGGCAAAAUUGGAGCACGUUCGCUAAUGAAUGUACAUACACACAUGCAAAUAUUAUGCGCAUAUGUAAAAAAAUAAUUCAUAAGGAAAAAGUAGAAUUAUUAAUAUAAUAAUACUGAAUGUAACAGAAAUGCAAGAAUGUUCUUUCCUUAUCGCACACUAAAAUUUAUAUUUAUAAAAAUAUAAUUAUUACUAAUUGGUUUUACAUUCAUUGUUGUAAUAAUUUGAUUGAAAAUAACGAUUAAAGGAACAUUAAAACUGGAAGACGAAAACAGUGUGUAAUUUUGAUUUUUACGUAUAAAUAUUUUACAAAAUUUAAUUCUGUGCUUUUAUCAUUUUUUAUGGGAAAGUACAAUGAUAUUUGCGUGUGUACACUUUUUUGUUUGCAACUCUCUGAUCGACAUACUCUGUUAAACACAGACAUAUACGUGUGAUAUGUGUAUAUGCAUGGAUGCGGAAAGAAGGUGCAUCGGUGUUGAUAUGUGGGAAAUGGAGGAGAGUUAAGCUUAGUAUACAUUUUGCACAAUGCAUAAUUGACGAUGCACUUGGGCACCUAGCAACGAACAGUAUGUUAUAUAGCGUACAUCCAACAAACCAAGUUAAUAAUUUGCAAGAGAAUCUGCUUGUUGACUGAAAAUGUAGAAUUUUUGUCUCGUUCUUUGUUUCCUUAAGUUCUGGCAUAAAUUUUCAUCAGCCGGUAUAAAUUCAACUAAAUUUUCACAAAAAAAGUAAUAGGAAAAAUAUGUUCUGGACAUUUUAUUUUAAUACAGGUUCAUUUUCUUAGCUUUUUAAUCUGUUUAUAGAGAAGUGUGUUUAUAACACAAUGCUUUUAUUUGUAAUUUUAUACAUGUCUUUAAUUUUUUCUAAAAUACGGUUUGUAAUUUUUAAUUAGCAAUAUUGCAUCUUUAGUCUUUGUUCUUGAAGUACUUUGAAAAGCAUUAAUUAACUGUAGCUGAGUAACAUGCAUUAACGUACAAAUAAAAAUACCUAAAUGAUAAUAAUUAAGAUAAUAAUGUUGGAAUAUUCCAAUUAUUAAAAUUAGAUUUUAAUCGUCCUUCUCUCUCCCUCUCUCUCCCUCUCUCUCCCCCUCUCUCUUUCUCUAGCAAAAGAAUUAUUGCUAAAAACUUUACGUCUAAAAUGUAUCUUUACCUUUCACCAACACAGUAGACGUUAUCCGGCGGUAUCUGAUCUCGACCCGAAUUCACGAUGGCGACCCUAUAGCCAGAUUUCAUCAAGCUCACACAUACCAAUACGCGACCGCAUUGUACAUACACAAGGACAGGAUUUACAGUAAAAGAGAACUUGGCUCCUCGGUCGAAUCGCGUGACAUUCUACCAUAUAACCGGUGCGCCGUAACUCUUUUCCGCGAUUCUCGAGAAAUUCGCGGGUACACGUGGUCGAACGACAUUCUCCAGCUGGCUGCUGGAGGCCCAGCAUCGUCGAUCUCUCGAUCUCGUACGCGCGCGCGCGCGCGCGCUCGCAUCAAGGACGCCGAUCGAUCGACCGGGAUUACAUGAGGUCUUGUCUUCAGACGAGAAGAUUCGGUGGAUCGAACACAACCGUUAGACUUUAGAGCAAUUUCGCGGUGACGACAUCCAAGACGACAUGGCCACGAGGAUACGUUUACUCCUGUUGUCGGUCCUCUUCGUGGGAUCGUUGUACGCCGUGCCCGGAAAAUUCAGCGACGACUGUCCAAACUGCGUAGACGAACAUAGCGGCAGCUUGGCGGCUUCAAGAUGGACGAUGCCUUUACUAAAGCUGGGCGAGAAGAGAUACUACCUGGGGAUCUUCUUCAAGGCAAACUGGUACAGAGCCUCGCAAUACUGUCGUUAUCACGGGAUGCAUCUGGCGAGUAUAGCCUCGCAAGAGGAAAACGAUAGACUUGAGAAGCAUAUCAAGGACUUCGGUCUCGGUCACGAGCAUUUUUGGACUUCUGGUACCGACCAGGCCGAGGAGGGAACUUUUUUCUGGAUGGCUAAUGGUAGGCCGAUCACGUUCGAGAAUUGGAACGUCGGCGAACCAAAUAAUUUCCGAUAUGAGAACGGUGAGGAGGAGCACUGCUUGGAGCUAUGGAACAGGGACGGUAAAGGGCUCAAAUGGAACGACAGUCCCUGCAGCUUUGAGACUUUCUUCGUCUGUGAAGUGCAGUGAUCAAUGUACGAGAAAGACCGGAGGGAGGGAUUAAACGCACGAGAAUAUUCGUGCGCAAAUCGUGCACUAGUUUGCAGCGUGUCCUCAAGGUGAUUUCUCGAGGAAACUGCGUGUGACAUUCUCAUCGGCCGUCCGUUCGUUUCAGUAAACUUAGCAAGAGAGAUUUGACGUGACAUGUGCGCUUGAACUGAAAACGACGCGUGAUUAGCCGGUCGCUACCGUUGUCACGUUUCGCACGUCUGAAAUUCACGAGUGUGUGCGCAAAAUGACACCCAGUUCAGUCAGUUCUUUUCGUAAAAGAAUCACCAGGCGACAAGCCAAGCGUUAGACAAAUCCGCAGUGUCGGACAAUAAAAACGGCUCGUUCGUUUUUUGCUCCGAGGCAGCUUUAGGCAGAGUACUUGAUAUUAGUUUAUGCAAUAUAUAUUUAAAAUGUCUUGCUUUAAAUUUAAAAGCCAAGAAACAAAUUAAUAUUUUUAUUUUUAAAAAGAGGAGAUACAAAUUAUAAAAUUUUUUACAUGUUUAUAUUUUAAAUAUAUACAUAAAUUUCUAAAUCUGUAAUUAUCGGUAGACUUUACCGCCUUUUUAUUGUUUAUUUUUAUUUUAUCGUUUUAUUUUUCUUAAAAUCUGAUUUUAUCUCUGCUUAUUAAGAUUACAAGUCACUGCGUACAAUCUAACACAUCAACGUGUGAAAUCUUUAGCUACAUGUGAUCGAAGAAUCGAUUGGUUAAUAUUUUAUUAUGCUACACGCGCGUACCGCUAUUCUUUGAUUAAAUCUAAAUAAAAAAUGAAAACGGCGUUAAUAUGUACAUUGAUAUAAAUUACUUUUGCAUGUGUUAAUUCAUUAUUAUUUGAUGCCAUAUUAUUAAAUGACAUAUCGAUACUAUAUCUAUAUUAUAUAAAUCUUCGAUUCUUCGAUUAUGACAAAUUUAAGAAUUCCUGACGCAUGGUGAUACUAUAUUUUUAUUGAAUAAUUCUCUUUAAUAAAAUUUAGAUUAAUAUACGUAUUCAAACAUUCGUAAUUGUUAGACAGUCAAUAUAUGUGCAAAAAAACUAUUUUGAUCCACAUAUAUUCUUGCAAGUACAUCUUCAUUAUUAAAUCAAAUAGAUAAUUCUUUAACGGAGCGAUUGAAUUACUUUGUUUUAUAUACGAUAUAUAGUUAAUUAAGUCGAAUAUUUUUUUCGACAUUUACUAAUUUCACGAGUGUGUGCUCUGAACUCCACUAUACUUUAGUUUCUUAACACAUUACGCCAACACCGUAAUAUACAUACGUAAUAUACAUGUAUAUAUAUACAUAUGUAAACUGUAUAUAUUUACACCGCACAUUAGAUAAUGAACUUACUGCAAGUAACACAUUACUAGUAGUUCGAAUAAACCAAAAGACUCUCUUCAUAAUGCUAUUAUGUUUGGUAUUAAGGAGUGUAGUCAGUUAAUUACUAUGACAUUGUCAGAUUCCUCAUCAAAAUGCUUUACUAGCGAUCGUAACUGUUACUGAUUCGAUGAUUCUAAUUAUUCAAAGAUAAUAGAUUAAUGUUUUAAGAUUAUUGAAUCUUUUAGUUAUUUUUUAGUUUUUCGUAUUAUUUAAGUUUGCAAAUAGAACGUUUUUAAUUUGCAUUUAAUCUAUUAAAUCUAUAAAAAAAUUAAAGGAUUCCUGAAGAUGUAUGAAUUCGAAAUCUUUAUGUUUUCGAAAUUUUAAGUGUAAGCUUUCUGGAUUUUUGAAUAUUUAAAAUCAUGAAAUUAUUAUUCCGUUUACAUUUUAAACUUUUUGACAUAAUUUAAGAAAGAAAUUUAAAUUUUAAAUAUUUUAAUUUAAAAAAUCAUAAAUUUUAUUUCUUUGAAUUUUUAAUGUAAUGCACGCGGAUUUCCAAUUUUUUUUAUAAUUGGAAACGCAUGUGUGGAUGAAUGAAAAUAUGGCUUAUUCGACAUCAAAAUGGCCACGAUCUGCGUUAAUUAGAUCACUGUAUAAAUGAGCAUCGUGAUAGACCUCAUUUGGACAAUAGUUAGCCUUCAUGGCAAAUGAAACGAGGGUUCGUUGUUAUGCUCUAUGUAUUCUAUGUAUUCGCCGUCAGAAAUUACAGUAAACGGUAUUGUACAUGGCAUUAUUUAGUGCUAAAUAAUAAAAUCAAAAUUAUUCUUUGAAAUGAUACAUUCUUCUAUCGCUUGUGUUCUAUUAUAUUUUCAGGUAUUCUUUAUUUUUGCCUAUUAAAAUAUAUUAUUUUAGUAAAUCCAAUUAUUAACAUCCCGAUUAUCCUUUUUUUUAUUAAAAUGGAACAGACAAUUAACAUUUACAUACAUUUACAUGCAAUUUAAAAUAUUUUUUAAAUUAAAUUUAAUUUGUGAAAUUUGAUGCUAGAUUGUGUAUUAUGUAUUUCGUUAAUUAAUAAAUUCUUCUAUCGCAUUUUCUGGUAAAUUCAGCGUUAAAUAUUACUGCUGCAUUUUCAAAAUUAUGACAGCAGAAUAUUGGUAUUUGUGAAUUAUUUAUAUUAAUACGGAAGAGAAAGAGAGAGGGGAGGGGGAGAAAGCGAGAGAGAAUGAGAAAUUAUAAAAUUUAUUAUUAUCAUUAUACAACAUGCUAUGUACAUUAAAUUAAAACAGAUAAUUAUUUUAAUAAUUAAUGAAUGCGGAUCUAAUUGUUAUACAAAUUUUUGUAAUAUAUUAUUUUACAUUCUGUUUAACACAAAAGACGGCUUUAUGAGACUUAAGUCAGUAUUGGUGACUUUUUGUAUCUUCAAUUUAGGAUUAAUCUUGUUUAUACUGAAAAAAUAAGCUUUAUAAAAAAAGUAUAUUGUGACAUUAUAUUAACUUCUAUUAAUUAACAGAAGGAACAAGAACAAGAAAACAAGAGUAAGGAAAGAGAGAAUUGUAGUUGCUUUAAUGGAAAUUACAAAGUGAUGUUCCAUCGUCGAGCAAUCUUUCCGGCCGACACAGAAGCGCAUUUCCAACGGAGGCUCAUUGCUAUCCAGGGCACUCUACCUCCUUGUCCAGAUUAACAGAACCAAUUAGCAGUUCUGUCGAUGUUCGCCUUCCUGAGAAACAUCAGUCCUCAA